UAUCAGUUACAGUAAUUAGCUUGAUCAUCAUCAGCAACGUUGUAUAACAUAUAUAUUUACAGUUAAUGUCCAUGAUGAAAAUGGCAUGUCCAAGCAGCUCUCUAGUCCUGGGUUUUGUUGCACUAUUCAUGUUUUCUGUUACUCCAUUAAUGGCGAAUGCACUGAGCUCAAAUUACUACGACCAAACAUGCCCCAAAGCAGAGUCUGUCAUAACUGGUGUUGUGAAGAAAGCUAUGUUGAAUGACAAAACUGUCCCAGCAGCGCUGUUGAGGAUGCACUUCCAUGAUUGCUUCAUUAGAGGGUGUGAUGGGUCUGUGCUGUUGAAAUCGAGUGGCGGUAACAAAGCUGAGAAAGAUGGACCUCCUAACAUUUCUUUGCAUGCUUUUUACGUGAUUGAUGAGGCCAAGAAACAAGUCGAGAAGGCUUGUUCCGGUGUUGUAUCUUGUGCUGAUAUUCUGGCCUUGGCCGCUAGGGAUGCAGUUGCUCUGUCUGGAGGUCCUCAUUGGGAUGUGCCAAAAGGUAGAAAAGAUGGAAGAAUCUCCAAAGCCACAGAUACCAGACAACUGCCAUCUCCCACCUUCAACAUAACCCAACUCCGCCAAAACUUCGCCCAAAGAGGCCUUUCCAUGGAGGAUUUAGUAGCACUCUCAGGAGGACACAGUCUGGGUUUUUCACAUUGUUCAUCCAUCCAGAACAGAAUCCACAACUUCAACAAAAGCAACGACGUGGACCCGUCGCUGAAAGCGUCGUUCGCCGCCAGCUUACGGAAGGUCUGCCCGGUGCACAACAAAGUGAGAAACGCCGGCGCCACCAUGGACUCCUCCUCCGCCACCUUCGACAACGCCUACUACAAGCUACUCCUCCAAGGAAAGAGCCUUUUCUCUUCCGACCAAGCACUCAUCACCACUCCAAAAACAAAAGCAUUGGUUUCCAAAUACGCAAACUCUCAGCAAGAAUUCUACGACGCGUUUGCGAAGUCCAUGAUCAAGAUGAGCAGUAUCGCCGGGAACGGCCAAGAGAUUAGGUCGGAUUGCAGAUUUGUUAAUUAGGUAGCGUAGCUAGUCAUAGGGUGGCGUGCUUGCACUUCUGCAUUUGUUCAAUUUCAGAUUCUUUUUGUGUGUCAAUUUCAUUCCAAAGUUGAUUGGUGCAAUGAAACUUAAAUUUACCACUCUUUUGCA